ACGCAAAAUGCUCUCAAGAAGCAACUCCUGGAAGCUGUCCCCGACACCUUCACAAAGAUUCUCAAGCAUGAAAUGUAUGGAUAUGCCCAAGUUACCGUCCUUGCAAUCCUAACCCAUCUCGACACUACCUACGGAACAGUACAUGCCGAUGACCUCGAGGACAAUUGGGACCGAAUGCAUGCAGCUUGGAGCCCAACACAGCCCAUCGAAGAUCUCUACAAUCAGAUCAAGGAUGCGCAGAAGUUUGCACGUGACCAUGACGCCAGUACGGACAAAAUGGCAGUCCGUGCCGCGAUCAAGAACCUUACCAAGAGUGGGGUAUUCAUGGACGCCAUUAAGGACUGGAGAAAGAAAACAAUUGUGGAACAGGAAUCGUUCGAAACGCUACAGACGCACUUCACUUCAGCCGACAAAGAACGCCGUCGCAUCCUCACUACAAAAGAAGUUGGCUAUGCCAACAAGGCCGUCGAAACUCCCAUUACCAAAAGCUACAUGACGAAAGGAAGCCCAGAUGGCGUCCCGAUGUAUUAUUGCUGGUCGCAUGGCCUUGGCCCCAACAGCAAACACACCAGCAACACGUGCACCAAAAAACUCCCCGGACACAAAAAUGAAGCAACAUCCGACCAAAUGUUUGGAGGAUGCUGUGUCAUUCGUCGCCGUGCUGGAGAGAAACCGGUCUACCGCAAGCCCCAGCGUCAAAGCAGGGAAAACGAGGAGAAUCAGCAACCCAAUGGACAAACUUGA